AAGUAUUGGUUAAUUUUCAGGUUUUAACAAAUUUGGCUAUUUUCAAAACCAAAAACCUCCAUAAAAACUCAAAACCCUUGACACUCAGAGACGCAUACAUACUCACAUUCAUUCACAGGCAAACACUCUGCUCUGGUCUCAGCCACUGCCACGAUGGCCCAAUUGAAGUCCAUUUCCGCUUUCUCAUCCUCUAACCUCGCUUUUCACGGUCCCAAAAGAGAGUCAUUUCCAUAUCAUGGCAAAGUUUGUUGUCCAGGGAAAUUAUCUUCAUUUCAAGAGUUGGGGGCAAGACAGAGUGAGCUACAGGGGAAUGCAUUUGCGGUUUCUAGUGGCAAUGGUAGUGUAACUAGAGCUCAUGACAAGCAAGUUAUUAGAGCAGUGCUGCCCAGUUAUAGUGAGACAGAAGUAUCUGGAUCUACAAAGGAAAGAGGUUUACGUGGCAAAUUGAAUAAGGUUGUUCUGGCCUAUAGUGGUGGCUUAGACACAUCGGUCAUUGUUCCGUGGCUAAGGGAGAACUACGGUUGUGAUGUUGUUUGCUUCACGGCCGAUGUUGGUCAAGGUUUAAAAGAAUUGGAAGGUCUUGAAAAGAAGGCCAAGGCCAGUGGGGCUUCUCAGUUAGUAGUAAAGGAUCUAAAGGAGGAGUUUGUAAAAGACUAUAUAUUCCCUUGCUUGAGAGCUGGUGCAAUAUAUGAGAGGAAAUACUUGUUGGGGACGUCAAUGGCCCGCCCUGUUAUUGCUAAGGCCAUGGUAGAUGUUGCCAAAGAAGUUGGAGCUGAUGCCGUAGCUCAUGGAUGCACAGGGAAAGGAAAUGAUCAGGUUCGCUUUGAGCUGACAUUUUUCGCUCUCAAUCCCAAACUAAAUGUUGUGGCUCCUUGGAGGGAGUGGGAUAUUACAGGUAGAGAAGAUGCUAUUGAAUAUGCUAAGAAGCAUAAUGUGCCUGUCCCAGUGACAAAGAAAUCCAUAUACAGCAGAGAUGGCAAUUUAUGGCACCUUAGUCAUGAGGGUGAUAUUUUGGAAGACCCGGAAAAUGAGCCUAAGAAGGAUAUGUUCAUGUUAACAGUCGAUCCAGAAGAUGCACCAAAUGAACCUGAGUAUGUAGAUAUUGGGAUCAUUUCCGGAAUUCCGGUCUCAGUCAAUGGGGAGAAUCUGUCACCGGCAUCUCUACUUGAUCAUCUAAACCAGAUUGGUGGGAGACACGGAAUUGGCCGUGUGGACAUGGUUGAAAACCGACUCGUUGGUAUGAAGAGCCGUGGAGUGUAUGAAACUCCCGGAGGCACCAUCCUCUUCGCUGCUGCACGUGAGCUGGAGUCUCUAACACUGGACAGAGAAACAAUGCAGGUUAAAGACUCAUUAGCCCUGAAAUAUGCGGAGCUGGUGUAUGCAGGCAGGUGGUUCGACCCGCUUCGCGAAUCUAUGGAUUCAUUCAUGGAGGAAAUCUCAAAAACAACAACAGGAUCAGUGACUCUCAAGUUGUACAAGGGUUCGAUUACUGUGACCAGCAGGAAGAGUCCGUACAGCCUGUACAGGCAAGACAUCUCGUCAUUUGAGAGUGGGGAUGUAUAUGAUCAAGCUGAUGCAGCUGGGUUCAUUAGGCUGUACGGCCUUCCCAUUAGGGUGCGAGCAAUGCUUGACUCGUGAGGGAUGAGGCUAGGCUCUCAAUGGCUGUCUUCGUUUUUUUGGUAUUGUUAGAAUUAGAACCAAGGAGUGAGCUUAUAUAAAUGUUAGCCUGUGGUUUGAACAAAAAUUGAGUUGUGGCUCAACUUAUAAUUCCCAUCUUUAAUAAACACAAGAACAAGUAGUUAGAUUAAGGCACUCGCAUAUUA